AUGAGGAAUGCUCACAAAGCAGUAUUUGAAAUUAUGACAGCUAUAUGCAUAGGAAAACUGAAAAAAAAUAAGGCCAAGGGGAAACCAAUGGAGCUUUCAGAAGAAUUACAGAUCCUGUUCCAUGACACCCUCAGUGAUGUCAGAGUGAAGUCGGCAAACAAUUUUCAAGCCUUUGUGGCCUUCAGCUUCCAUCCAGUGAGCGCUGGACUUCCAUGGUUACCUGCAGGCUGUGUUGUGGGCAUCCCUGCCAAUUUCAUUGGUGCAACCAACGAUGAUCAUAGGAUUAGCAAUCACAUUGUCAUGGUUGAAGGCAAAAAAGUGGACUGGGAAAGCACAGAAGGCCUGGCUUUGCAGGAAGCCCUGACACUUUCUCUAGAGGUUCAAAAGUUUGCCAUUGCAAGAGAGCUCACGUACUUGCAAAGCAAUAGCUCCUUUGUAUGUGCCAUUGUUGCCCCCAUUUGUCUAGCUGGGACUUACAUCUCAGGGAUAGCCAUAAAGCAGCUCUUGGGCUUGUAUUCUGGUCCAGUGCUCUUACGAGGUCUUUACAACAUAGCUGUUGUGGUGAUUGGAUUUGUGGGCUAUUGCCUCUCGUAUGAUGCUGUGAGUCAGGCAGUUGAUUAUAGGACAGACAGAAAUACAGCUUCCGUUUCCACCAGCUUUGCCAGAGGUGGGGUGGAGUUCUAUAAUAAAAUCCUGUCCCAGAACAAGACUCUUUGUACACUCAUGGGCAAACGAGGAGAGCAGAUAUAUGCCCCAAGUGGUAAUCUUUUCCCAAGAUGCUCAUUCAGAUUAAAACAUGCGCCAUACACUUCCAGAAGAGACUUGAUUAUCAAUAUUUUAAGCAUGCCCCAGGCAAAGGGGUGA